AUGUGGAGUGGCGAUGAUGUUAAUAUGGACGAUGAGAUGUCAGGAAAUUCGAAUGAUAGUGGAGAAGCUGCUAUGGAAGAUGAUGUAAGUUAAAAAAUAAGCCAAAAACAGUUGAUUAUUCAUGAAAACAAUGUAUUCAGGAUCAAUCAUGCAGUAGUUCAUCUGUGACAAAACUAUCAACUCAAUUUCAAUUAGAACUCAAUGCAUCAUCUCCAAGUCAUAAUAAUCCGCAAUCAAAUCCAAAAGUCGAUAAUCUAGUUCAACUUUUCAAAGAAUUAUCCGAAUCAGAACAAUGCGAAACAUUCACUCGAUUACUUUAUGAAACAUCAAUGUCAAAUAUCCGACAUUUACGACAUUUAAUCGAACCAUUUUUUCAACGUGAUUUUCUAUCUUGUCUUCCAAUUGAACUUGGUGUUCAAAUUGUAUCUCAUCUUGAAGGAACAGAACGCAUAAAAUUAUCACACGUUUCUCAAAAUUGGAAAUUAGUAUCUGAAGUUGAUAGUAAUUGGAGAAGUAUAUGUAGUAAAACAGUUUUAUCACUUCCUGAUCCAUCAAAUCGAAUUUAUGGAGCAUGGGCUGCAACUGCAGUUGGACAAGGGGUUAAUAUUCCCGAUCACUGUGUUAUGGAUAAUUUUUCAGUUACCAGAAUGGAUAAAAUGUUAUCAAAACAUGGAUCGUGAGUUUCCUAGGGAGAAAUAAAAUAAUUUCGUUUUUUUUUCAGAGUAUUUGCUCGUGCACCAGACAAGGCUCGAUUCAUGAGAAUGUUGAAAAUUGAAAAGAACUGGAGAGAAAAACCAAUUCGCGGAUCAUGUGUUUUAAAAGGCCAUGAAGAUCACGUAAUAACUUGUAUGCAAAUCCACGAUGAUUUACUUGUAACCGGUUCGGACGAUAAUACGCUCAAAGUGUGGAGUAUUGAUAAAGGAGAUGUUUUGUUCAAUCUUGUCGGACAUACUGGAGGAGUUUGGACAUCUCAAAUCUCGAGUUGUGGAAGAUUUAUAAUCAGUGGUUCGACUGAUAGAACUGUUAAAGUUUGGAGCUCAUCAGAUGGUAGUUUAGUACAUACAUUACAAGGACAUACAAGUACUGUUAGAUGUAUGGCAAUGUGUAAAAAUAUGUGAGUUUUUUUCUCAAUUUUUUUGGAAAUUAAGCUAAAUUGAGUUUGUUUUUGCAGAUUAGUAACUGGUUCUCGUGAUACAACUCUUCGAACUUGGGAUGUUGAAAGAGGAACUUGUCUCAGUGUUUUAGUUGGUCAUCAAGCGGCUGUUCGAUGUGUUCAAUUCGAUGGAUGUCUUGUUGUUUCUGGUGGUUAUGAUUUUACUGUAAAAAUUUGGUCGGCAAAAAGUGGAAAUUGUUUGAAAACUCUCAAUGGUCAUACAAAUCGUGUAUAUUCGUUAUUGGUGAGAUUUCAGAAAAAACUUUCAACUAGCAAUCGAGAUUUUUAAUGAAACAUAUGUUUUCUAGUAGUUUUUGAUAGCUCUACUCCUAACAUGAGUUGUGACGUGGCAAAUUUCGAAAUAUUGCGACUUUGGGAGGUCGAAACUCGCUUUCAAAAUAGUUUUCAUAAAAAUCUGAUAUUAUAGCCUUUUUCAGGAGGAUUUUCUGAAAUCUGAAAGAUCUUUCAAAAACGUGGCAACCUUCUGAACAACUAUUUGCCAUCAGAUUUUCAUGAAAACCAUCUUGAAAGCGAGUUUUGACCUUCCAAAGUCUUAAUUUUUCGAAAUUUUCAAAAUUUGCCACGUCAUAACUCAUGUUAGGAAUUGAGCUUUGCAGUUUUAGAUAAAGAAAUCGUGAUCAGUGGGUCGAAAACUGCUAGAAAUUAUAUAUUUCCUCAAAAAUCUCGAUUGCAAGUUGAAACAGUUUCGCUGUGAGAAAAAUUCUUUGACAUGUUUUAUUUUUUUCAGUUUGAUCGUGAACGUGCAAUAGUUGCUUCUGGAUCUCUUGACACAUCAAUUCGAGUUUGGGAUUUUCGCCGAGAAGAUGGAAAAGAGUGCAUUUCACUUCUUCAAGGUCACACUUCUCUAACUUCUGGAAUGCAAUUACGCGGAGAUAUUUUGGUCUCUUGUAAUGCUGAUAGCACAGUUCGAGUCUGGAAUAUUUAUGAUGGUUCUUGUCUUUUUCAUUUACACGGCCAUCGAUCUGCAAUCACUUCUCUUCAAUUUUUCGGUGAUCAAAUUGUUGCGACAAGCAGUGAUGAUGGAACUGUUAAAUUGUGGGAUAUUAAAAAAGGUGCGUUUUUUCUUGUGAGCCUGCUUAUCUAAUUGAAAAUAUAAAUUUCAGGUCAAUUUAUUCGAGAUUUGGUGACUCUUGAAUCUGGCGGAAAUGGUGGAUGUAUUUGGCGACUUUGUGCAACUCCAACACUUUUAGCAUGCGCUGUUGGAUCACGAAAUAAUACAGAAGAGACCAAAAUCAUCUUGUUGGAUUUUGAUUCGGUUUAUCCAUAG